CCAAGCUGAAGGUGUAACCCGGUGGGCCUUUUCUUGAUUACAUUCCGCUUCGUUUUUUUGUUAGCGGCAAACAAAUUGAAUCCCAUCCAUUCCAACGGGAACGAAUCAGCACCGUCCAUCUGCCGUGAGAUGGCGAACCGCUCCGUCUCCGCCGGAAUCAGACGUUUUUUGUUCGGUGCACGAACUCUGUGUAGCAACGUAGCUUCUCGCGCUUCCGCGUUCCACGAACCGUUCGCGCGCAAAUUCAAAUCCCCAAAGCAGAGUCCACUGCUCGCGCUUCAAAAUUGGGUGGACCAAGGCAACGAGGUUUCACCCUCCCACCUUAGACGCAUCGCCAGAACCCUAGUCAAAUCGAAGCGUUACCACCACGCUCUUGAGGUAUUUAAAUGGAUUGAAAACCUGAAGAAUUUCCAUAUGAUCCCAGCUGAUCAUACUAUGAAAUUGGAAUUAAUCAUUGAAAACUAUGGUCUAAUGGAAGCUGAAGAAUAUUUUAUGAAUCUACCUGACUCAGCUGCAAAGAAAGCUGCCUGUUUUAUACUUCUACGUGGCUAUGUAAGAGAUAGGGACACUAGUAAAGCUGAGAAUUUCAUGGUGAAGCUCUAUGAACUGGGGCUAGUGUUGAGCCCUCACCCUUUUAAUGAGAUGAUGAAACUAUAUCUAGCAACACAUGAGUACAGGAAGGUACCCCUUGUUAUUCAGCAAAUGAAAAGAAAUAAGGUGCCCCGCAAUGUUCUGUCCUACAACCUUUGGAUGAAUGCUUGUAGUGAGGAAGAAGGAUACGGGAUUGAAGCAGUAGAGACAGUUUUUAGAGAAAUGCAAAAUGACAAGAAUGUUGAAGUGGGGUGGAGCAGUCUUGCUACAUUAGCCAAUGUUUAUAAGAAAGCAGGACAAUCAAAGAAAGCCAUUCUGGUUCUCAAAAAUGCUGAAAAAAAACUAUCUGCUUGUAACCGUCUUGGUUACUUCUUCCUUAUAACACUUUAUGCUUCUUUGAAGGAAAAGGAAGGGGUCUUGCGGUUAUGGGAAGCUGGUAAGGCAGUUGGUGGAAGAAUCAGUUGUGCCAACUACAUUUGCGUAUUAACAUGCUUGCUGAAGCUUGGGGAUAUUGUACAAGCCAAGAGAAUCUUCUUAGAAUGGGAAUCUAACUGUCAGAAUUAUGAUAUCAGAGUCUGUAAUGUUCUUUUGGGUGCAUAUGUGCGGAAUGGAUUAUUGGAAGAAGCUGAAUCAUUACUUCUCCACACAUUGCAAAAGGGUGGUUGUCCAAACUACAAGACGUGGGAAAUUCUCAUAGAAGGAUAUGUGAAUGUGCAAAAAAUGGAUGAGGCUAUUAUUGCCAUGAAAAGAGCUUUGGCUCUGACAAAAGAUUGUCAUUGGAGGCUGCCACAUGAUCUCGUGUUGGCCAUUGCAGAGUAUUUGGAGAAAGAUGGGAAUCUUGAAUAUGCAAACAAGUAUAUUACAGAUAUCCAUAAUCUGGGUCUUGUUAGUUUAUCAUUGUAUAAAAUAUUGCUUAGAAUGCACCUUUCUGCCAACAAACCACAUUUCCAUAUUCUUAAAAUGAUGGAGGAAGAUAAAGUUGAGAUGGAUAAUGAGACACUUUCCAUUCUUAAAGCUUUCACUGGGUAGAUAAUAUCAAAUCCAUCAAGUUUUCCGGAUCGCUUGUUACAAGAUGUGCAGUUUUCCCACCCUAAAAAUAAUUAGUUUUGUGGACAUGAUCAAGCUAAAGUGUUUGGAGGUAUAAGCAGUAAUCUGGAAGUCAAUUUCAUUCUUGGGGCCCUUUUGGUGUAAGCUUCCGGAAUUGGGGGUCUGUUUCUAGCACAUUAUGUUUGAUACUGCAUUAACACUUUCUGGUUUGAUAGGAUUUUACAUGAUAAUUGAAAGAUUGCACCAGAGGCGUUAAAAAACAUAGGCAAUCAUGCUGUGCUGUUGAUAUUUGUUUGUACUUGGGGUACUACUAUCUUUCUCAGCGUAAUGUUCAAUCCAAGAUACGUAGCCAAAUGAAAUCCAUUCAAAAGCCACAAAGGUAAUAGAGAACGGAAAAGAUAAACAGAGCUUAGCCACGAUAGCAUAUGCCAAGUUGAGAAAUCGUGAUUGGAGAACACCACGUGAAUUUAGAUGGCUAUUGCUGGGCACAGUAUUUUUGGAAAGCAUUUUGAAGAGCUAACUGCAAACAACUAUAUUAGAACUGCCAGUUUCGGUCUUCAAGUUUAUCAUUGUAGUAAAUAUUGCUUAGGAUGCACCCUAACUGCCUCUUCCAUCUUCAUAAUGUUCAAAAAAUGAUGAGACCCUUUCUAUUCUUGUAGCAUUUAACAGUCCCCUUUUUAAUGGAGUAAUUCCUACUUGUUUCCUGUA